CAUGCUUUCCGGCACCCGCUCCACGUCACGGGAGCGCAUCCCGGCCGCCUGCUCCAGAUCGCACGGCCGGCGACGCCGCCCGAUGCCACGCGACCCCACAUGCAGCGAGAGGCGACCUUGUCCCCGUCCCCCGUUCCCAGCUUCUCCUCUCUCUGUUAAAACCCCGCUGUUCGCGGCCACAUUUCUCUCCCCCCCCCCUCUCUCCUCUCUUCCCUCCCUCCCUUGUCGCCUAGGGGUUCACGCCGUCGUCAGCGGCUGCAGCGGCGAAGCAGAGGCUACAGCCCUCCCCGGCGUCGGCUCUUCGUCGGCCAGGAAGAUGGCUGGUGGCUUUAGAGUACUGCAUCUGGUCAGGCCCUUUCUGGCUUUCUUGCCAGAGGUGCAGAGUGCCGAUAGGAAAAUACCAUUCAGAGAAAAAGUGAUCUACACUGUUAUUUCUCUCUUCAUUUUCCUGGUGUGCAGUCAGCUCCCGCUCUAUGGCAUUCACUCGACUACUGGAGCUGAUCCUUUCUACUGGAUGCGUGUUAUCCUCGCAUCAAACCGUGGUACAGUCAUGGAGUUGGGUAUUACUCCAAUUGUGACAUCUGGAAUGGUAAUGCAACUUCUUGUGGGAUCAAAGAUCAUUGAAGUUGACAACAGUGUGAGGGAGGAUCGUGCUCUGCUGAAUGGUGCACAAAAGUUGCUUGGUAUCCUGAUCACUAUUGGAGAAGCUGUGGCAUAUGUUCUGUCUGGAAUGUAUGGCAGUGUAAGCCAACUUGGAACAGGGAAUGCUAUUCUCAUUAUACUUCAGCUUUUCUUUGCUGGCAUCAUUGUCAUCUGUCUGGAUGAACUUCUCCAGAAAGGUUAUGGUCUGGGAUCUGGCAUUUCUCUGUUCAUUGCUACCAAUAUCUGUGAGAAUAUCAUCUGGAAGGCGUUUAGCCCCACAACUAUCAACAGUGGCCGUGGCGCUGAAUUUGAAGGGGCUGUCAUUGCAUUGUUCCAUCUGUUGAUUACAAGAACUGAUAAAGUCCGUGCUCUUCGUGAAGCUUUCUACCGCCAGAAUCUUCCAAAUGUGACCAAUUUGCUUGCUACCGUCUUGGUCUUCCUCAUAGUUAUCUAUUUCCAAGGCUUCCGUGUUGUGCUUCCAGUGAGAUCAAAGAAUGCUCGUGGGCAGCAAGGCUCAUAUCCAAUUAAGCUGUUCUACACUUCAAAUAUGCCCAUUAUUCUGCACUCUGCACUGAUUACCAACCUCUAUUUCAUAUCCCAGCUUCUCUACAGGAAGUACAGUGGAAAUUUCCUUGUUAACCUUCUUGGGAAAUGGAAGGAGUCUGAGUACUCUGGCCAUUCUAUUCCUGUUGGUGGUCUUGCUUACUAUGUAACUGCCCCAUCAAGUUUGGCUGAUGUCCUUGCAAAUCCGUUCCAUGCACUGUUUUAUGUGGUCUUCAUGCUGUCAGCUUGUGCACUGUUCUCAAAGACAUGGAUUGAAGUUUCCGGUUCAUCAGCAAAGGAUGUUGCUAAGCAGCUAAAGGAACAACAAAUGGUGAUGCCAGGCCACCGUGAGUCCAACUUGCAGAAAGAACUGAACCGAUAUAUCCCAACUGCUGCUGCAUUUGGUGGAGUAUGCAUCGGUGCAUUGACUGUCCUUGCUGAUUUCAUGGGUGCGAUUGGUUCAGGAACUGGUAUACUUCUCGCUGUUACAAUCAUAUACCAAUACUUCGAGACCUUCGAGAAGGAAAGGGCAACAGAGCUCGGUUUCUUUGGUUUUUGAUCAGUAGCUGUGAAACCGUGUCUUGGCUAGAGCUGAAUCGUCUUGUAAGUCACAGUACUGCUUGGCCAGCGGUUAUGGUUGUAACUUGAGAGGCUACAUUCUGUUUAGGUUGCCUUUUUUGGGUUGCAAUGACAGUCAUGUUGCAGAAUCUGCAUGUGUUUCAGUUCGGUGUGGUGGCAUGUGCAUUUGCCUAAGUAAAACAGGCAUGCUCAUCCAUCCUCCAUGCCUCCAUCAGUCCCCAGCGGUCUGCUCAUGCGGUCAUGCCCUGACAAUCGGAUAUUUUGCGAUCAAUUGGUUACUUUGAAUGAGCAUGUUCUUAUGGUGCCAUUUGCUUCAGUUUUUACUUUUGCAGAACUCUAGAUGCUCAUGUACGCAGAUUGCAAAUGUAAUGUAAGCACGUUUUAAAUUUUAACUGCCUUUCAGAUC